AUGAGGGAGACGAUCUCUCCACGCAAAGCCUAUGGUUUCCUACUGUUCACAGGCAUACUUGCCGUUUACCUUUCGUACAGGCUGUAUCGGAAAGCCCUGCCGAAGCCUAUCCCUGGCAUCCCGUAUAAUCCAAAAGCCCUCGGCCGCGUCCUCGGUGACCUGCCCGACCUGGCCAGCGAGGUUUUGAAGACGGGAGACCUGGCCACUUGGCUGCAUCGCCAAGCAGACAGGCACGACUCUCCAGUAUGCCAGAUCUUCCUUCGUCCCAUGUCGCCACCUGUGGUGAUACUGAACGACUUUCGCGAGAUGCAGGAUCUCUGCAUGCGGCGGAAGGAAUUCGAUCGCGGUCGGAUCAUCAAGAACAUUUUCAAAGGUCCUACUCCGAACCACCAAAUCACUCUGGAACUCGGGGACGAGUGGAAAGCGCACCGACGACUAUUGCAGGACCUUAUGUCGCCCCCCUUUUUACAAGACGUUGCGGCACCUGCUAUCUACUCGAACGUGACGAAUCUGAUCGACCUUUGGCAACACAAGACGCGCAUAGCUGACGGUAGACCGUUCGACGUGUCUAAAGAUAUCUUCUACGCAGCCUUGGAUGCAGUUACAGCCUUUUCGUUCGGCGGCGACUUCCCACACAACGCUACAAAACCAGUAGCAGAUCUUAUUCGAGGCCUCAAUAGUACCCAAUUGAAGGAGCUGAGAACUUCCGGAACCAUCGACGAUCCGAUUGAGUUCCCUUCAAUAGAGUGCGAUGAGGUCCUAUCCACCAUCCUUGAUGUCACUAUCGCCAUUGAACGAUUACAUGGCUCGCCCUGGCCCGUCGUCAAGUGGAAGAUUAUAGAAAAGUUCCCACCGGUCAGCCGGACAAUGAGGCUUAAGAACGAGUUCAUUGUUGGAGAACUAAAUAAGGCGACGUCCAGGCAACUGGAAAACAGCGACAAUGACACAUGGAUGCGGUCGGCUGUGGACCUGAUGGUGCAAAGAGAAAAGAAGAUAGCUCAAGAUGAUAAAAGAGUACCAGACUUCCUCUCGCCUACAAUGAAAGACGAGUUAUUCGGAAUCCUUACUGGAGGCCACGAUACAACCAGCACGACCGUGCUGUGGGGCCUCAAGUUGCUAGCAGACCACCAGACGAUUCAGUCGAGACUUCGCACGUGUAUGGAGUCAGGAUACAGAGAAGCGUCAAGAGAAGCAAGGACACCUUCAGUAGAGGAAAUUAUGCAAGUCAAAGUUCCCUAUCUUGACGCCACAAUGGAAGAGAUUCUUCGUUGUGCCGGUACUGCACCAUUGGUAGAGCGAGAAGCUCUUUGCGAGACCGCCCUACUCGGGUACCCCAUUCCAAAAGGUACUCAAAUAUUCUGUCUCACACAGGGAGCCAGUCUCCGGAAACCGGCAUACGAAAUUGACGAGACGAGGCGGAACGAAACGUGCCGAAUUGCGGUGAAGAAUAGAGGAAGAGUACCAGAAUGGGAUCCUGCGGAUAUUGCUGACUUCAAGCCUGAGCGGUGGCUCAUUUCUGCAGGCUCAUCAGAGAAGAAGCAGGUCAACGGCGCGUUGAAGGCCGCGGGCAGUAGCUCGGAGUUUGACUCUACAGCCGGGCCUCAGAUUGCCUUUGGCCAGGGAAGACGGAGUUGUUUCGGGAGGAGGCUUGCAUAUGUGGAAUUGCGAAUACUCGUGAGUUUGAUUGUGUGGAGUUUUGAGAUACUUACGUGUCCGGAAGGACUUGCCGGGUACGAGGGUAAAGACGUUGUCACGCAUAAGCCAGUUAAGAACUACGUGCGGUUACGGAAUGUGGAAAGGUGA